AUGACAACCGACACGGCACCCCGUCCAAGCUGGCAAGACCUCGUCACGCGCAAGCAGCGCGAAUGUCGCGAAAAGAUCCCCCACGCGUGGACCCUCAGCCCAGAUAUCCACAUUUCCCGCCGCCCGAUCGAGUCCGACCUGCCUCGGACGUGCGGGUUGCUCUCAGACGUCGAGCUGGAUCUCACAGAGAACUACUCGGUGGCGCAGUUGCUGGCCAAGUUGGCUUCGGGGCAGACGAGCUCGUUGGCGCUGACCACCGCAUUUUGUAAACGGGCGGCUAUCGCGCAGCAGGUGACAUCGUGUCUCACCGAGACCUAUUUCGCCCAGGCGCUGGAGCGGGCUCAGUUUUUAGACAAAUUUAUCGCUCGCGAGGGCAAGACUGUUGGGCCGCUGCAUGGGUUGCCAGUGAGUCUCAAGGAUAGCUUUUGCGUCAAGGGCUUGCAGACGACAGUGGGUUAUGUGGAGUUUUUGAAACAUGGUCCCGCGACGACAAACUCGGCUUUGGUCGAGAUGUUGUUGGAUCUCGGGGCAGUUGUAUAUGUGAAGACGAAUGUUCCUCAGACUAUGAUGACCGGCGACUCGGAAAAUAACAUUUACGGUCGAACACUAAACCCGCACAACACCUCCCUCACAGCCGGCGGAUCCAGUGGGGGCGAGGGCGCCCUGGUCGCUUUCCGCGGAUCUAUACUAGGAGUCGGCACCGACGUUGCAGGUUCGAUUCGCAUACCAGCUCUCUGCUGCGGUGUUUACGGCUUCAAGCCGACCACAGCCCGCAUUCCUUUUGGUGGUCAGAUUUCCGGUGUGACGGAGGGAAUCCCCGGCAUUAUUCCCUCGGCUGGACCAUUGGGUCACAGUAUCGCAGACCUGCAGCUAUUUAUGAAGACAAUUGUCGGCAACGGUCAAGCAUGGAGGUACGACCACACAGCAGUCGCAGUUCCUUGGAACUCCGCCCCGGAAUCCUUUUCACGACAUAAUGGAAGCUUGACUAUUGGUCUCUUGGCGGAGGAUAAACAGUUCCCCCUGCACCCCCCUGUCAAGCGUGCAUUGCAAAAAGCAGUGGCUCUCUUGACUUGUGCCGGCCACCGCGUCGUUCCUGUGGGCAAUGACACCAACGAGGAUCUAUCUGUGGCCUACGCUUCUCGCCUCGGGUUCCAGUCCUUCACCUACACUCCGCACCAGGACCAUGUCGGAGCGAGCGGCGAGCCACUCGUCAAUUCGGUUGCGAAGUUCGCAUCGCCCAUGUUCUCGGGUCCGUGGCCGGUGGAUCAGGAACUAGAUGUUUUCGAAAAGAUCCAGGCGCUUCACGAAGCGAAAAGCCGUGUCAGUAAUGCCUGGCGCCAUGCUUGGGUGGACAAUAAGCUUGAUGUAGUUCUUGCCCCUGGUGCUCAGAAUACAGCCGUUGGAUACGACACCUACGGGUGGCCUCCUUAUACAUUGCUGUGGAACUUGUUGGAUUACCCUGCUUGUAUCAUUCCGUUUGGAAAGGCGUCCAAGGAGUUGGAUCCGCAUGAGAUGAAGACGGGUGAUGAUGUGCAACCUGACUACCAUCCAGAAGAGGUGGAUGGUGCACCAUGCGCAGUCCAAGUCAUCGCGCCUCGCUUCCAAGACGAGAAGUGCCUAUGGGCCGCAGAUAUCAUUGAUAAAGUCGUCAAUAGGUCGAAAGAGAAACCACUAUAA